AUGGAAGCAUGCUUUACAUUGUGUCAUGUUGUGAACGAACUGAGUACUCUCAGUAACAACCCUACAGCAGCUUCGGCUACAGUAACUUCUUGUUUGUUGCCAAUGUUUUGGCAGUUGUUUAGUUCACCAGCAGCUCGUGGUUUAAUUCGUCAGAAUAAUUUCUCUAAUUUACAACUUUAUUUUCUUCAGAGAGCUAUGGUCAAAGCUUUGUCAACUUUGCGUGUGCAACAAGUCUGUCCUCAUGAUAUACUGAUUUUCAUUAGUGAUUUAUUAAGGCAUAAUGAUAACUCGCGUAAUCCAUAUUCUGAUAGUUAUUACCUUGCCGACCUUGUAAAGGCAAUGAAAGAUACUCUGACACCAGCAAUUAUUGUUCGUGGGGUAAUGUCUGCCUCGACACUACCUUUUGAAGCCCGUACUGUUAUCGAAGAAGUUUCUCAUUUGUUAAACUUGGAAACAGAAACAAUUAGUUAUAAAGGUAAUGUAACCGUUGUCUGUUUAGCAGCUAUAAGACGGCUACAACGACUUGGAUUUUUACCCAUAGAUCCAAGUUUGUUUUACCAAUAUGCUUUGUCAAACUUUUAUUGUGAUAUCAGAGUAGCAGCAAUCGAAGCUGUUGUGGAUUAUAUCAGAGGUGAAAGAGAUCAGUCAGCAUUAGACUGGCUCUUUAGCAACAUUAUAGAACGAGAAGAUGCCAGUGACGCUUCAUAUGUUCGCCUACGCUUUGAAGCUGUUCAGUUACUACUACGCAUGCCGCCAUUUCAACGUGGUGAGUCGGGUAGUCGAUUAGAUACUCCUCAAUUAGUUGAAAGACUUUGGACACUAAUGAAUUAUGGAUGCACCGGUGAUCCACGACUUAGAUGUGCAGUCGCUGAACUCUACUACACACUUUACGGUAAUCGUCGCCCAACUUGUCUUCCUCUUCCAGAAGGUGUGCUUUUAGUGAGAGUCAAGGAAGGGAGAUCUGUACUUAAUAUAUCUGAAAACAAUUCUAAAGCUAGUGAAAUAGACUAUACUGAUGAACUGAACAAAUAUAAAUCUGAAUGCUUCGGUAGAGGAGUUCCUCUUUCGAAGAUGCAUCCAGAAUAUGAAGAAUUAGAAGAUAAUUACUCGGAGUGUGAGAUGUUGCACGCAAAUACUAUGAAGUUAGAAAGAGAUUCAAUCCAACGCCCCACAGUGUCAGAAUUCAAUCCUCAAUUUGAUCUAAAGCGAAGCAGAACUGGAAAUUUCUCAGAAUUGAAUGAUUCGUCGAACACUUUCAAAAGGCGAACUGAACGUCUAAGUGAUGAUGAAGAUGAUUAA